CUACUUCAUACUUACCUGCGCAACGCAGAUGGCUGGUGCUGUUAACAUUGCAGACUACCGACCUAUCGAGCUGGGUGACCGAUUAGGCGCAGUCUUCGCUCCAAUCCUUGGGUUCUCCGGGGUCACAGCAAUCCGAGAAGAGGGGCGCAAGGUGGUUCCUAAUGGCGCUCUUCCGGUCACCCUAUUCUGGGCAACGGCCAUAAUGACCCUGAUAGCAUUUGGGAUUACUCUUCUCCACCAUGCCCUUCAGUCCCGUAGGGCGCGGCAAGUCAGAUACUCGGCGGCGGUCGCUCUGGAAGUCGGAAACGUUGCGUCCUACGUAGCGGUGAUCAGCGCAGCCGUCGGUAUCUACUUGGUCCUGUCUCCCCUUGCGAGAGAACUAGCUUCCGACCACGCCAAGAAUGAGCAGGGUCUUGGAGUGGACAAUGCUCAGAGGGUCGGAAGGGUAGUUCGAGAAUUCCCAUAAUCCAUUCUGUCAUUCUCCCAACCCAAGCGAUUUAUUUGCCGUUUAGUCCGCAUUGAAAAGGACAAAAACACCUUUUUUGGAUUUUUUUUUUUUUUUUUCCUGGUAGUAGAGCUCGACGAUAGACCUAGUGGGGCGGUUCCAUAUCGAUGAAUACGAUCUAGUACACGGCCUG